ACGUGAGUUACGACAAGGUUCGUACCAAAGUCUGCUGGGCAGCAAACUACCUGCCUCACCUCGCGCGUGCAAGCAAAGUAUACAUAGGUACGAGGUAGUGCCCGUUCCAGGACGCCGUGUAAGCCACCUCCGAGAGCAGACGAGCGCCACCAUUGCUCGACUGCUGCUGCUGUACACUCGACGUACUACAUCUACUCGCCCGUCGCCCGUCCUCUUCCUCUUCCUCUUCUUCCUCCUCCCCCUUCUCCUCCUUCUUCCCCCCUUGCCAUUGCCAUACCCGCCCCCCGAUAUGACCCCCUCCGCCAUGCCAGACGCGUCGUCGUCAUCGGAGUCCGCCCGCCCGCGCAUCCUCGUCCCCGAAAAGGUGUCGCCCGAUGGCCUCGCACUGCUGACCCCCCACUUCGACGUCGACGUCCGGCUGGGCCUCGGCGCCGACGAGCUGGAGCGGGCCAUUGGCGCGUACCAUGGGCUCAUCGUGCGGUCCGAGACCAAGGUGACGCCCGCGGUGCUGCGGGCCGGGCGCAAGCUCCGGGUCGUGGCCCGCGCCGGCGUCGGCGUCGACAACAUCGACGUGCCCGCGGCCACCAACGCCGGCAUCAUCGUCGUCAACUCGCCCUCGGGCAACAUCCUGGCCGCCGCCGAGCACACCGUCGCGCUGCUGCUGGCCACGGCGCGCAACGUCGGGCGCGCCGACGGGGGCGUCAAGGCCGGCCGGUGGGACCGCGGCGCCCUCGUCGGCGUAGAGGUCGGGCGCAAGACGCUCGGCAUCGUCGGCCUCGGCAAGGUCGGCCUCAACGUCGCCCGCAUGGCAAAGGGCCUGGGCAUGCUGGUCCGCGCCGUGGACCCCUACGCCAGCGCAGACAUGGCCCGCCAGGCCGGCGUCGAGCUCGUCGCCUCCCUCGACGACCUGCUCCCCGCCGUCGACUUCCUCACCAUCCACACCCCGCUGCUGGCCACCACCAUGGACCUCGUCGGCGAGCCGCAGCUGCGCGCCAUGCGGCCCACGGCCCGCGUCCUCAACGUCGCCCGCGGCGGCGUCUACAACGAGGCCGCCCUGCUGCGCGCCCUCGACGAGGGCUGGAUCGCCGGCGCCGGCCUCGACGUCUUCACCUCGGAGCCCCCAGGGGACGGCGACUCCACGGCCGCGCGCCUCGCCCGCCACCCCAAGGUCGUGGCCACGCCGCACCUGGGCGCCUCCACCGUCGAGGCCCAGGAGAACGUCUCCAUGGACGUGUGCAAGCAGAUGCUCGAGAUCCUGCGCGGCGGGCUGCCCACCAGCGCCGUCAACGCCCCCAUCAUCCUGCCCGAGGAGUACGCCAAGCUGCAGCCGUCGGUGCGCCUGGUCGAGAAGAUGGGCCGCCUCUACACCCAGCACUACGUCCGCUCCAAGGGCGGCAUGGUCGGCGGCCGCCGCUUCGAGCUCGUCUACCGCGGCGAGCUGGCCGGCAUGCCCAACACGAAGCCGCUCUUCGCCGCCCUCGUCAAGGGGCUCGUCGCCUCCUUCAGCGACUCCAACGUCAACAUUGUCAACGCCGAGCUCAUCGCGCGGGAAAAGGGCAUCGUCAUCAACGAGACGCAGGCGCGCGACUCGCCCGGCACCUACGCCAACCUGGUGACGCUGCGGUCCGUGGGCGACGGCGGCGGCGACGGCAGCGGCGACAACGACGGCGGUGAGCAGCAGGUGAUAGAGGGCUACGCGUCGGACAAGCGCGUGUACAUUUCCAAGCUGGACCGGUUCAAGGCCUCCUUUGCGCCCGAGGGCACCCUCAUCAUCCUGCACAACUACGACGAGCCGGGCAAGAUUGGGGGCGUGGGCAUGGUGCUGGGCUCGCACGGCAUCAACAUUCGCUUCAUGCAGGUGGCGGGGCUGGGCGGCGAUGGCAACGACGCCAGGAGCAGCAGCGGCAGUGGCGGAUCUGUCGAGGGGCGCAAGGACAACGAGGCGCUCAUGAUCCUGGGCGUCGACGGCGAGGUGGGCGAGAGCGUGCUCGAGGGGCUGCGGGCGGCCGACGGCGUGCUGGACGUGAACCUGGUGCGCCUGUGAUGGGGAUAGCGGCUAGCAGGAAGCAGUGGAAUAUGAUUAUGAUGGUUAUGAUGAUGAUGAUACCGUGUGGGGGGAAUGGGGGCCCAUGGGCCCGGAUCAAUGGCUGUUACGAGGUCAAUGACGAGCGACGGCGGCCGCUCUGUUGUUCAUCAGGCGCACAAAAAAUCCGCAACUAUACUAUCGCGUG